CAAGGUACACAAAAUGUUGACGAUCGCUAUAUUCGAGAGAGGGAGAACAAAAACCACAGCGACCGACAGGCCGAACCAAGUUUCAUUCUAGUGCCGUGAUAAUUUCGGAGUUUGCGCUAUACAGGUUUUAUUGGGUGUGUCGCUGUAUAAAACAAGAAUCUCAACAUGAGCGGACAACAGUACUACCCCUACAAGUGUACCCCUACCGUAUACCCCGCGGAACCCUUCGAUCCCGCGGCCGAUGCGGAAACCCUCCGCAAGGCUAUGAAGGGAUUUGGCACAGAUGAAAAAGCUAUUAUCGAUGUCCUUUGCCGCCGCGGUAUCGUCCAAAGAUUGGAAAUUGCAGAAACUUUUAAGACAAAUUACGGAAAGGAUCUGAUCAGCGAACUGAAGAGCGAACUGGGCGGUAACUUGGAGAAUGUGAUUAUUGCCCUCAUGACUCCCCUGCCACACUUCUACGCUAAGGAGCUUCACGACGCGGUUGCGGGGAUUGGAACUGAUGAGGAAGCCAUUAUUGAGAUCCUCUGCACACUGUCCAACUAUGGCAUCAGGACUAUUUCCGCUUUUUAUGAACAAUUGUACAACAAAAGCUUAGAGUCGGAUCUCAAAGGCGACACAUCUGGACACUUUAAAAGGUUGUGCGUGUCGCUGUGUAUGGCCAACCGUGAUGAGAACCAGGGUGUCGAUGAGAGUGCCGCGAAAGCUGAUGCGGAGGCACUUGCCGCGGCCGGUGAAGGACAAUGGGGUACUGAUGAAUCGGUGUUCAACUCUAUUUUGAUCACACGCUCCUACCAACAAUUAAGACAGAUCUUCGCCGAGUUUGAAGCGCUCACUGGAAAGGACAUCGAGGAAUCUAUCAAGAAAGAAUUCUCUGGUAGUGUUGAGAAAGGCAUGUUGGCUAUCGUUAAAUGUGUGAAGAGCAAAGUUGGUUUCUUCGCCGAGCGUCUGUACUACUCCAUGAAGGGUUUGGGUACAAACGACAAGACUCUUAUCAGAAUCAUCGUCAGCCGCUCCGAGAUCGAUCUUGGGGACAUCAAACAGGCUUUCCUUGACAAAUACGGCAAGCCUUUGGAAAGUUGGAUCGCUGAUGACACGUCCGGAGAUUACAAGAAGGCUUUAUUGACCCUUGUCGAAUAAAUUAAUGGGCUGGACUCGGUCAGGACUGCAUCGAUUGCCAUAACCACCUAUCUGAUUAUUUUAAGUUCAUUAUCCGUCAAUUGUUAGGAUGUUAAGUGAUCUUUUAUUGCAUGUCAACAGCGGGUUAAUAUAAUAAAACAAAUGUACAAAACAUGUCACUAGUCACAUAGUCAAUCAAAAAUAACAGUUAGGCCAUGCCUUCUUGCUUCGCAGUGAUUGACUAAAUAUGACGUUUGGUUUUUGUUUUGUUAGAUUCUGCCGCUAUGGACAUGGCUUAUUAGUAUGCGCACUGAAGAUGAGCUAUUUUGAGUCUGUGUAUUUAAGUGGUUUUGCCUUCAGUGUACAUUAGGUUAUCCAAUUCCACGUUAUAAAUGUCACCAAUCGAUCUGUAUAUUUUGCUUCCUAAUCACAUUCAUGUAACUUUCUUUGCACAGUAGCUAACAUCUUUCGCAUGAGGGCGUGGUCGAGCCACUUAGCCACUCUCGUUUGUUUGUGUUUUAGUUUUACAAGUAGUUGUUGCGAUUUUUUCAGGAGGACAUAGGAGGUCCGAUCGGCCAACUACUCUCGACAAUGUGUUACUAAAUACUACAGAGUUUAAACUUAACACUCAGUAUUACGAGCGUCAUUUCGCUGUGCACUUAAUAGUGUGUAAAAUAAUAUAUUUUUGUAAUCAAGUACAGUCACACUUGCAUUUUAUAUUAAAGACAAUUAUUUUUUAUUCUACUUUAAGCUACUUAGUAUAGUAUAUGUGAUUAUAUUCUUAUCAAACGCUUACCUCGAAUGCACGUGUGUGAAUGCUCCAAGUAAAUUAUGGGCCAGUUUCUUUAUUAUUAUUUUUUCGCUAACGUUUUGUUCAGUAUUGGUUUUCAAUAUUGGUUACAGGAAGACCUAACUGGUGACUUCAGGAAUGUGCUAGUCACAUUAUGUGCUUAAUCCUGCAAAAUAAACAAAAUGUAGUUUGUUUUAAGCUUUGCAUGAAAUAUGUUUAAGUUGUACAGGUUGCAUACGCUCGAUAAAUCGUUACAAUUUAUCUUUACAAUUCGAACUGUAACGAUUAAUUUUACCGAUUUGUCGUAUCGUUUGUGACCGGGGUUAGGACCAUGUUGCGAAGUACAAUGUAAUAUUUUGCAGGAUGAUACUAAGGGGGACUACAAACGCGUGUUACUCACUAUCGUUUCGUAAGAUCUAGCAUAAUAAUUACUACAAAGAGUUUAAGAAGGUUCGCCUUGUUAUAAGCUCUAAGCACUAAGUUCCGACCUGAAACUGCCUUUGAAUUGUAUAACUGUUGAGAUGUAGAAAUGAAGCUUGAUAUUUUCGUGAAAAUGAGAUAUUUAUUGGUGCUGUAAUUUUGUUUACAUAUAUACAUUAAUAUUAAAUUAAACUAUGUACGAUUAAAUGUUAA